UGUUCAUUCAAGUUUGGCUGUCGGUGGAGAUUCCGUAUACAAAUUUCUCAAAGUCAGUUUUUCUAAAGUCAUUAACAAAUACAUUUUUGAGGGAAAUUUACUUUUCACUCUGGAUUAUCCCGGUGAAUGUUACAGCUGUGAAAGUACAAUAGAAGAAUAAUUCGAAGGCUAAAACAAUGGGAAUUAAAUUCCUUGAGGUGAUCAAACCAUUCUGCAGUAUACUGCCAGAAAUUGCUAAACCGGAGCGCAAGAUUCAAUUUAGAGAGAAGGUACUAUGGACGGCGAUAACGCUUUUCAUAUUCUUAGUUUGCUGUCAGAUUCCUUUAUUUGGCAUCAUGAGUUCAGAUUCAGCUGAUCCCUUUUAUUGGAUCCGUGUCAUUUUGGCUUCAAAUAGAGGAACUCUCAUGGAAUUGGGUAUAUCGCCUAUUGUCACGUCUGGCCUGAUAAUGCAAUUGCUGGCUGGCGCUAAAAUUAUUGAAGUGGGCGAUACGCCUAAAGAUCGAGCACUUUUCAAUGGCGCACAAAAAUUGUUUGGCAUGGUCAUUACAAUUGGUCAGGCAAUAGUAUAUGUAAUGACUGGUAUGUAUGGUGAUCCUUCGGAGAUUGGUGCCGGUGUUUGUUUGCUGAUUAUUAUUCAACUUUUUGCGGCCGGCUUAAUUGUCCUGCUGUUGGAUGAAUUGCUGCAAAAGGGUUAUGGUUUGGGUUCAGGUAUUUCGCUAUUCAUUGCAACCAAUAUUUGCGAGACCAUAGUUUGGAAAGCAUUUUCGCCUACGACAGUCACCACCGGCCGCGGUACUGAAUUUGAAGGUGCCGUUAUCGCUCUUUUCCAUCUUAUGGCUACUCGGAAUGAUAAAGUACGAGCAUUGCGAGAAGCUUUCUAUCGUCAAAAUUUACCUAAUUUGAUGAACCUUUUAGCGACGGUUUUGGUGUUUGCGGUAGUCAUAUAUUUUCAGGGAUUCAGAGUGGAUUUACCAAUCAAAUCUGCACGUUAUCGUGGUCAAUAUAGCAGCUAUCCUAUCAAAUUAUUCUAUACCUCCAAUAUACCCAUCAUUUUGCAAUCAGCUCUCGUAUCUAAUUUGUAUGUUAUAUCGCAAAUGUUGGCCGUCAAAUUUCAAGGCAAUUUCUUUAUAAACUUGCUUGGCGUGUGGGCAGAUGUUGGUGGUGGCGGUCCUGCUCGGUCCUAUCCAAUUGGAGGUCUUUGCUAUUACUUGUCGCCGCCUGAAAGCGUAGGUCACAUACUGACUGAUCCUAUUCAUGCUAUUCUUUACAUAGUGUUUAUGCUGGGCUCUUGCGCUUUCUUUUCCAAAACAUGGAUAGACGUAUCCGGCAGUUCAGCUAAAGAUGUUGCUAAACAAUUAAAAGAGCAGCACAUGGUUAUGCGUGGUCAUCGGGAGAACUCAAUGAUUCAUGAAUUAAACCGUUAUAUUCCCACAGCAGCUGCAUUUGGUGGUUUGUGCAUUGGUGCGCUAUCGGUUUUAGCCGAUUUUCUAGGCGCCAUUGGUUCAGGCACGGGUAUACUAUUAGCCGUUACUAUAAUCUACCAAUACUUUGAGAUUUUUGUAAAAGAACAGUCCGAGAUGGGCGGUAUGGGAACACUAUUGUUUUAAACUCCAUAGUGCACCAUUGUGCGCUAAGUUUCCUUUAGUUAUCUGCUGUCUUUUUCCGAGGUUGUUGUUUAUUUCUAAAUUUUAUUAGAAUAAAAUUUAAGUUUUCCAGUGAGAGUUUAAACACUUAUAAAGAGCAACACACUGCUAAACACAGCAAAAAAAACAACCGCAAUAUAGUUCCCUCCAAAAUUUCGUCAUGAUAAUCAUCAGAAAGGGCAUUUUUAUGCAAUUAGAAAUACUUAAUAUCUUUCCAUUUCGUUUUAGGCAAUCUAACGAGAUAUUUGGAUAUGUGUUUACAUUUUUGGAGAGCUAAGCUUUAAUAUUAUUUUUGAAUUUUUUUUUUUUUUUUUGUAAAUUUAUUUUAUCUCACUAUAAAAACCCAUAAACCGAACAUACAAGACUUAUUUCUGUUUAAUGUUGUUUCAAGAAAUUUUAUAUAAACUUUAUUUGACAGUUCUUUGUGCUUUUUUCCGGAAA